CACUUGUUUAAAUCGUUUCGCUCGAUUCACUCGUAAAGUUUUCACCACCUUGGAUAUAUUGUGUCUAGUUUAGUUGAUCGGCUGUUUUCUACGGGGUAACAUCAACAUCAACAUAUCGGUAUGGCUGCUGUUUUUACUAUCAACGGAAGAUUUUAUAAAGUCACAUCAGAUGAUGUGCCAGUAGACACAUCCUUGAACACGUUUAUUAGGAACCAUGCUCAUCUCACCGGCACAAAAUUUAUGUGCCUCGAAGGAGGAUGUGGAGCAUGCAUUGUCAACGUAAAGCGGAUGCACCCUGUUUCAAAAGAAGUUACAACGUUCUCCGUUAACUCUUGCUUAUUCUCUGUUUUUUCUUGCCAUGGGAUGGAUGUCGUUACGAUCGAAGGACUUGGAUCAAAAGAAAAUGGGUAUCACCCUAUCCAACAGAGAUUGGCUCAUUUCAAUGGAACGCAGUGUGGAUUCUGUUCUCCUGGAAUGGUCAUGAGUAUGUACAGUUUGAUUGCUUCCAAGCAGAAUAACAUCAGCAUGCGUGAAAUUGAAAACUCUCUUGAUGGUAACAUGUGCCGAUGCACCGGUUACAGAUCAAUAUUGGAUGCGUUCAAAUCGUUCGCUUGUGAUGCCAGUAAUAAGAUUGUGGAUAUGUGCAGUGAUAUUGAAGAUUUGGGAACAAGUUGCAGAUUGAUGUGCUUCGAAGGCAAUUCAUCAUGCUCUUCUAGUAAUGCUUGUAAUAGACAACCAAUGAAGUUAACAUUUAAUGAUAGGAAACGGUGGCAUAAAGUAUAUAGCGUUGAAGAAAUCUUGAAGAUUUUUGAUGAAAUUGAAAACGAACCGUACAUGAUUGUAAGUGGAAAUACUGGACAUGGUGUUUAUCGUAGGAGUAGUGAUUUAUCAGUUUUUAUCGAUAUUAGCUCAGUGGCGGAGCUUCAUUCCCACUGGCUGGGAAGUGAGUUGAUUGUUGGAGCAAAUGUGUCGUUAUCUGAUUUUGGAAGCAUUUUACUGGAAGCGGCUUCAAAAGAUCCAAAGUUCAAGUAUUGCAAAGAAAUGGCAAACCACGUGGAAAUGAUUGCGCAUCAUGCAGUGCGGAAUGUUGGUUCUCUCGCCGGGAACCUAUCGUUGAAACAUCAGCACCACGAGUUUCCAUCGGAUUUGUACCUCAUUCUGGAAGCAGUAGGGGCUCAUCUAACAAUAAUAAAUUCAAACGGAAUGAUGGACAAAGCUACUCCGCGGGAACUGACCCAAAAAGAUAUGAACAAAAAAAUUAUCGCUAACGUGGUUCUACCAGCAUUAGACCCAAAAAUAUACGUCUUCCAAUCAUAUAAAGUACAACCACGGGUGCAGAAUGCCAAAGCCUAUGUAAAUGCGGCGUUCCUAAUGAAGUUUUCCAGCAACAAGCAGAUCAUUAAGCAGGCAACGCUUUGCUUCGGAGGAAUUCAUCCAAGCUUCACACACGCAGCGGAGACAGAAAAGGCCAUCGUGGGGAAGAAUCUUUUUCAAAACGAAACAAUCCAGGCUGCUCUACGGGUGCUUGAUGCAGAGAUGAAACCAGACUGGGUUUUACCGGAACCUCAUCCGGAUUUUCGGAAGCAAGCUGCAUUAGGACUGUUUUACAGAUAUGUACUUCACACAGCGCCUAAAAAUGCAAAAAUCAUCCAUCCACGCUUCCUAUCUGGUUCGAUGUCGUUGGAGCAUCCCGUAUCGUCUGGAGUCCAAUCUUACGACACCUACCCUCAAAAUUGGCCACUCACGAAAAAUAUUCCCAAAAUUGAAGCACUCGCGCAAACAUCGGGUCAGGCGGAAUUCAUUAACGAUAUUCCCCAUUAUCACAACGAAUUGCACGCCGCAUUUGUGACGGCAACGCAGGCUAAAUGCAACAUCUUGAGAGUUGAUGCCACGAGAGCCAUGGCAGUUGCAGGUGUUGUCGCAUUCUAUACCGCAAAGGAUAUCCCCGGACGGAAUGAUUUCAUGCCUUUGGUAGAAGGAGUUAACCAUUUCUUCCCGAUCGGUGUAGAGGCUGAGGAAGUACUUUGCAGUGGAAAAGUCUUGUGUCAUGGUCAACCAGUUGGAGUUCUUGUUGCAGAAACGUUCGAAAUCGCAAAUCACGCAGCUUCUUUAGUUGACGUAAUAUAUAGUCAUCCGGAGGGUGAUGUUUACGCGACCGUUGAAGAUGUAAUGAAUGCAGAAGCUGUGGACCGUAUAAUGGACCGGCCUAACGGCCAAACUGGUUCAAGGUACAAUCCAGCUGCCAUUGGAGAUAAACAUAUAACAGGCAAAUUUUAUCUUGGUGGCCAGUACCAUUACUCCUUGGAAACCCAGAGUUGUGUGUGCAUACCAAAAGAAGAUGGCAUUGAUGUUUACAGUUCGACACAAUGGCUUGAUCAGGUGAGCUCUUCGAUAUCGCUUAUGCUCAAUAUUCCGCAAAGCAAGGUAAAUUACUAUUGUCGACGCGUGGGUGGUGCCUUUGGCUCUAAGAUCAGUCGAAGUGCCCUGGUAUCAAGUGCAUGUGCGCUUGCUGCCCAUCUUACCCAACGGCCAGUACGGUUGGUGAUGACUAUUGAAGCCAACAUGACAGCGAUAGGAAAACGUCAGGGAUGCUGGAAUGACUAUGAAAUAUCGGUUACCAAAAGCGGUAAAAUAGUAAAACUUGUAAACACGUUCAUCCACGAUUCAGGCUGCUCGCUCAAUGAGCCUCUUUCAAUGUUUUAUAUGACGCAUUUCAAGAACUGUUACGAUGAUAGCUCUUGGCGGCUAGUACCAAAAGUUGCUACAACAGAUGUUACCAGUAACACGUGGCUGCGGGGACCAGGCUCGGCCGAAGCAUAUGCUACGGUUGAAACAAUUUUUGAACAUAUAGCUCACGAAACGGGAAUCGAUCCAGAAAGUGUUCGUCUCGCAAACAUUCCACCAGACAGCAAAAUACGACAGUUGUUUGCUGAUUUCAGGAAAGACACCGAAUUUGUUGAACGAAAAGCAAAAAUUGACAGAUUCAACGAUGAAAACCAAUGGAAAAAGCGGGGCAUAUCGAUGAUACCACUAGCUUAUCGAAUAGACUAUGGUGGACCAUUUGAUGCUUGGGUAGCAAUUCAUCAUCUGGAUGGAAGCGUAUCGAUUACGCAUAGUGGAGUUGAAAUGGGACAAGGUAUCAAUACGAAAGUCGUACAAGUUGCUGGAUAUGUAUUGAGGAUUCCCGUGGAAAAGAUUUCAGUCAAACCAAUCAACAAUAUGACAUCACCGAAUAGUUUCAUAGCUGGUGGAAGUAAUACUUCCGAUAGUGUGGCAUUCGCUGUAAUGCGAAGUUGUGAAAUACUAGCAAACCGAAUGCGGCCCAUUCGCGAAAUGAAUCCUUCUUUAUCUUGGGAAGAGCUGGUGAAUAACUGCUUUAUUGCCAACAUCAAUCUCACUGCAAGAUAUUUUGCGAAAAAGUCAGAAUUCAGCUCGUACAUAGUGUGGGCGAUGUGUUGUACUGAAUUGGAACUGGAUGUACUGACUGGCGCGUGCAGGCUGACUCGAGUGGAUAUACUAGAAGACACUGGUGAAAGUAUGAGUCCAGGAAUCGAUAUAGGGCAAAUCGAAGGUGCCUUCAUAAUGGGUGUUGGAUAUUUCUUAACGGAACAUUUAGUGUACGACAAAAGAACAGGAGAGUUGCUGAAUAAUCGUACUUGGAAUUACAAACCACCCGGAGCAAAAGAUAUACCAACUGAUUUCAGGAUCAAGUUGCUUCAGAAUUCGUCUAAUCCGAUUGGAGUGCUUCGUUCAAAAGCUACCGGUGAACCGGCAUAUAAUUUGGGCAUUUCAGCGUUGUUCGCUCUAAGAUAUGCUCUGAUGGCGGCCAGGAAAGAUGCGGGACUUGUGAACAAUUGGCUGGAAAUGGGAACCUCUAUGACGAUCGAUAAAAUAUUACCUUUGAGUGGCACUGCAAAGGAUCAAUUUCUUAUUAACUAAAUCAUAACCUACUGACAUAUGCAAUAAAAUAAAGAGAAUCAAAAAG